UAAUUAUUUUGAAGUUUUAUUUAAAAUGUCAUUUUUAAUUAUUUUUGAAGGUAAAAUAAAAUUUUUGAAACGAUGAACGGCGAAAAACACAGAGGGAAACCGAAAAAUCGAUUUACAUUGUGCUGUUUCUGUUUGGGCGGAUCAGGCAGUGAUGCCGAUUUAAGUAGCGCCACCUACGAUUACAGCGACAAAUGCGAUUACGUAGUGGAGAAAUUGACGAUAAAAAAGGUACCGAUAUCAAUGUUCGCUACCGAAGAAGAUUUGGAAGAAAUGAAAAAAAAUUCCAUGAAUUUUAACGAAAAGGUAAAAGAAAAAGAAUCUGUCUUAUCAAGUUAUUACGCUAUGAUUAAUCAUAAUAAUAAAAUGAACAAGGAAUUUAGCGAUUUGGAUAAAAUAGGAAAUGUUGAAAACGAUAAAAGCGAUAAGAAGGAUGAAGAGAUUUUAUUGAAACCAAUUUUGAAACAAAAUGAAAUGGCUAAAGUUGAUGUUCACCAAGUUGUCUUAGAAGAACCAAAUCGUUUUAAUCUUACCCCGGAAUUACAGGAAACAUUAAAGGUUUUGGGAACAAAACGACCCCCUGAAAAUUGUCAAGAUAUUAAACAAAGAAUGGGCGUUAAAGUUGUUCAAAAUUUAACUAGGUCGAUUUCACCAAAUGUAAAACACGUAACGAUUAUUGAAAACGAUGAAAAUUUCCUUCAAACCAUCAAAGAUACCCAAGAAUCCAACGUAUCGAAAAAUGUUUCAACCACAACAACCACUUCUUUUCAAAGCAACUCAACCGUUCAGCAUUUCUUCCUACGCCAAUCGGAUAUUUCAUCGCAAUUUCACCAUCAAAAAGAAAUUAUCGAUGAUAAAUUAAAACAGCACAAGAUAUCGCCACCCAUUAUUGUUGACGAACACGGAAUAAUAAUUGAAAAAGAGGACGUUGACGUUCGACUAACUAGCAACGAGUUGGAAGCUAUGAUGAGAAUGAAAAUGAUGAAAACCGAUGAAAACGAAAAAAAUAUUACAAACAAUCAAAGUCAAAAAGUUGAACGAAAUGAUCAGUAUACCUCAGUUAAUAAUGAUACAAAAUUAAGAAUGAAUGAACGCAAAGAACCAGUUGGUGUUUACAAUGUGAAUCCGAGAUGGAAAAUAAUUAUUAAGGAACAUCAAGGAAAGGAUGUUUCCGGAUCGAAAUCAAGUGUUAGUUCGAAAAGUUUGACUGCAACUAGUGGAAGUGACGAUGAAGAUGGUAGCGAUGAAGAGGAAAGUGAUGAUGACGAAGAUGAUGAUGAUGAUGAUGACGAUGUUGAAGAUGAAGAAAUUUCACAAACAUAG